ACACACUGUCAGUUGGAUAUCCCAAAAACAGUGCAAAUGGUACGUGAGCAACGAUCGGGAAUGGUUCAAACCGAGCAACAGUAUCGUUUCCUUUAUCAAGCAAUCUCAUGUUAUGUCACUUCACUGAACCACCAGCAAGAUAUCGAGGUAUUAUCGGAAAUCGUUUGUAUUAUACUUGCUUAUGGUGUUGGAAAGUUACUAGUGAUCUUUGAUGAUUGA